AUGUUGCUCCGAUCACUUACUCUUAUUCCGCUUAACUUGAUUUUAAUAUUCCUAUUCAACGUUAACGAAGCAAAGGAAAUCGAAAAAGAUAAAGUACAGGAAGUAAUAUACUCAAAUUCCAUUCGAGGCCUGUCUGAACUUCGCGAGAUUGAGAAUUCCUAUAUGGAGCAUUUGAAUAACUAUGUCAGAGCUCUACAACAAAAAAUCAAAACUCUCAGAAUUUUUAUUAACUCUAUAACUAAGGAAGAUCAGGACCUUAAAGUGGAUCGAUAUAAAUAUGUGUCCAAUCCCCUAAAUUGUUUGGGACUUGUAAGACGAGCUCAUCAAGAUUGGCCCAAGUUGAUAUCUUACUUAAGAGAUCAAGGAAAUGUAAUGGUCAGUAUCGAGGAGCUGAGUAAGCUUGUCCAUCGUACACCCAACGCAAAUGAUAUGGAAGAAGCCCUAAUGGGAAUGGAUAGAAUUGAGCACUUCUACGACCUGAAGUCAUCGGAUAUGGCCCAGGGUCUUGUGGCAGGUCAACAGCUAGGCUCGCGAAUGCCAGCUCCCGACUGCAUGGCUCUAGCAGACUAUAUGUACAAACGAUCAGAAUUUGGACGUGCGGCCGAGUGGUAUCGACUAGCCUUAAGUGUAUUAAAGAAGCCACAAAAUAGAAUAGAAUUUCAAUUUAAUGCUCCAAAACGAGAAGAGCUUGAAAAUAUGUUUGUGAAAAGUCGACUUCAAGAAGGUUCCGUUGACAACUUGAGUGACUAUCUGAAAGAACUAUCUGAAGACCCGGAGACUUCAUUGGUGCCAUUAAGACCACGGAAAUCGUCCACUGUAAUUGAACAGGGCUGCCGGGGAAAGUUUCCACCAGGUCCUCAACUGGUGUGUCGCUACAACAGCACCAGCACUCCAUUUGUGCGAAUAGCUCCUCUGAAGGAGGAGGAGAUCAGCAGAGACCCACUUAUCUGGCUAUAUCACGACGUGAUCUACGACAGUGAGAUAGCUCAAUUGACGAAUUUGACCCUAGAAGAGAUGACUCUGGGCAUCACUGAUAACUAUACGACUCCAGAUCGGGUAAGUCGCCUCUUCCACUUCAAAGUCACCGACGACGAUGGCGGGAAGUUGGACAAGACGUUGGUGAAUCGUAUGGCGGACAUAUCGGGCCUCGAUGUGGGCAAUACCACCUCGUUGGCCAGAAUCAAUUACGGACUUGGCGGUUAUUUCCAAGAACACAGUGACUACAUGGACAUUAAGCUUCAUCCGGAACUGAUUGAGGAAGGGGAUCGACUAAUGACAUUCCUGUUCUACAUAACCGAUGUUCCAGUGGGUGGUGCCACAGUUUUCCCCGCCGCCAAACUGUCCAUUCAGCCGAAGAAGGGAUCCGCGCUCUUUUGGUACAAUCUGCACAAUAAUGGUGACCCAAAUCCAUUGACCAGGCACGCCGUUUGUCCCACAAUUGUGGGCAGUCGAUGGGUACUAGUCAAGAGCAUGUUGAACUACGAGCAGAUGUUCAAGAAGCCCUGCUACAAGUAAACCAUUCUAUGGAGCAUUAAAAAAUUAUUUUUUCUAAAUCUACACAGAUAGUUUUAAUUGAUGUUUCAAAAUGCAAAUGAUAUUGUUAUAAGCUAAUGUUAUAUCUUAAGUAUAUGAACUGAAUCUCUAAUAAGAUUCCCACUGGUAAAGUUAAAAUACUUCUUAAGUUCAUAGCUAAUUGAAUAAAAAUGUUAGCCAGCUUAUGAUGAGCCACAAUAUGAGCCAAAUGACUGGCUGUGUCAUUAUAAUAGGUU